GAAGCAGCAGGCGGGCCUCGCCAAGAUGCAGUGGCGGCUCCCGGUGUCGCCGGUUGGGCCAGGGGCAGCGCGAGCUGGAGCAGGGCAGGAGGCGCCCGCCGCUGUACCCGCGCUCUGCUAGCACCCUAGACCUGCCUACGGGCCCAGGCCCUUCCAGCCGCUGUCCGCGCCACCUUCCCCGCCCCUCCACCCUUUGUGCGGCCGCCGCUCGCUCGGCGCCCGGGUCUCCGCCGGUCCCAAGCCGGGCCAUACCUCGGGGGCGCUCCAGGCCCCGCGUGGGCGCCAGCAGGCGGCCGAUGGCGAAGGGUCGCAGCGCGAGCGGAGGCGCUGCAGCCAGAGUUCGCGACACGAGAGGCCCGGCCCGCCUCCGCCGCAUUGUCCCGGGCCCUGCGCCCCAGCCCUGAGUCUCACCGCAACACCCGCCCGCCGGCCCCUGGGCCAUGCGGAGAGCCGCGGGGAUGGAGGACUUCUCCGCAGAAGAAGAGGAGCCCUGGUACGACCAGCAGGACCUGGAGCAAGACUUGCAUCUGGCUGCAGAGCUGGGGAAGACUCUGCUAGAGAGGAACAAGGAGCUGGAGGAGUCCCUGCAGCAGAUGUACUCCACCAACGAGGAACAAGUGCAGGAGAUCGAGUACCUGACCAAGCAGCUGGAUACUUUGCGGCAUGUGAAUGAGCAGCACGCCAAAGUGUACGAGCAGUUGGACCUGACGGCCCGAGACCUGGAGCUGAGCAAUCAGAGGCUGGUGCUGGAGAGUAAGACUGCCCAACAGAAGAUCCAUGGGCUGACAGAGACCAUUGAGCGCCUGCAGGCCCAGGUGGAGGAGCUGCAGGCCCAGGUGGAGCAGCUGAGGGGCCUGGAGCAGCUGCGAGUGCUCCGGGAGAAGCGGGAACGCAGGCGCACCAUCCACACCUUCCCCUGCCUCAAGGAGCUGUGCACCAGCCCCCGGUGCAAGGAUACCUUUCGUCUACACAGUUCCUCCCUGGAGCUGGGCCCGCGGCCGCUGGAGCAGGAGAACGAGCGGCUGCAGACCCUGGUGGCGGCGCUGCGCUCCCAGGUGAGCCAGGAGCGGCAGCGCAAGGAGCGCGCAGAGCGCGAGUACACGGCGGUGCUGCAGGAGUACGCGGAGCUGGAGCGGCAGCUGUGCGACAUGGAGGCCUGCCGCCUGCGCGUGCAGGAGCUGGAGGCCGAACUGCUGGAGCUGCAGCAGAUGAAGCAGGCCAAGACCUACCUGCUGGGCCGGGAGGACCAGCUGGCCGAGGCUCUGCUGGCGCCCCUCACCCAGGCCCCUGAGGCCGAUGACCCCCAGCCGGGCCGCGGGGAGGACUUGGGUGCCCAGGACAGUGUCCCCUCGCCGGCCGCCUCCCCGGGCCACGCGGUGCGCAAGAGCUGCAGCGACACAGCGCUCAACGCCAUCGUGGCCAAAGACCCGGCCAGCCGGCACGCGGGCAACCUCACGCUGCACGCCAACAGCGUGCGCCGGCGCGGCAUGUCCAUCCUGCGGGAAGUGGAUGAGCAGUACCACGCGCUGCUCGAGAAGUACGAGGAGCUGCUGAGCAGGUGCCGGCAGCACGGCGCUGGCGUGCGGCAUGCCGGUGUGCAGACCUCCCGGCCCAUCUCCCGAGAUAGCUCCUGGAGGGACCUGCGCGGGGGCGAGGAGGGCCAAGGAGAGGCCAAGGCUGGGGAGAAGAGCCUGAGCCAGCACGUGGAGGCCGUGGACAAGCGGCUGGAGCAGAGCCAACCCGAGUACAAGGCGCUCUUCAAGGAGAUCUUCUCCAGGAUCCAGAAGACCAAGGCUGACAUCAACGCCACCAAAGUCAAGACGCACAGCAGCAAGUGACCCUUUUCCGGCUAUGCAGCCUCCCCCAGGCUGCAGGUCGUGGAGUCCCGCAUGCCCAAGUGUGCAGCCUCUGGUGAGUGAGCGCCCCUUAGCAGCAAUACACAGCAUCUGGCUGCCCCAGAGGUUCAUGAGGAAUGGGCCCUUCUGAUCAGGGAACACAGCAUGUUCCCUGAUGAUGUGAGAGGCAACCUGUCCUGCCUCCCAGGAGACCCCGGCCACCUGCAUCAACCCAAAGGCGCAGCUCAGUUUCAAAGCCAAACGUCCGCACUCCCCCAGGAAUCUCCAAACUCUCCCAGCCUGCAGCUUCCUGACCCUGGGCCUCAUCCUCAGAUUGGUGGCCAGGCUUCUGAAAGCCUUUUUGGAUUAUUUGGCUUUUUAAUUUUUUCCCAAAGUUUGGUUUUUCUGAGAGAUUUGCAAUGGAACUCUCCUUGACUCCUUGCCACAACUGGAAACACUUGAAGGGGCCCCUGGAGCCACCUGUUUUGGGUGUGAGGGGUCUCCUGGACCACCCACUGCUUCUCCCCAGCUGUGAUGCUCCUGCAUUCCCUUAGCACCAGCUGCCCCACCCCCAGGGUCCUGACCAGGUCAGAGACAGCCCCUGCCAUGCAGAGCAGGAGGCUCCAGUCAGGCACCUAGUGCCCCAUGAUCCAGCCCUGCCAAGACCUGGCUUCUCCUCAGCCCACAGCAGAUCUGUAGCCAGAGUGAGGAAAGAGGGAGCCCUUCAGCACAGCACCCUGUUUCCCUCAGAGCCAGCCUCCUUUGGUCCAGCCCUGGACAUGCCUUCUGGGGCCAUUAAGCCUUCCAGGGACUGGGAUGGUGGGAGUCCCCAUCUGCACACCGCCUCUGACUCACCAAGCUUGGCCUCUGCCUCCCCUCUCUUUACCUGCCCCCAUCUCAGGGACCAUGAUGUCUCAUUUAUUCCAUGCUCCCCACAGGCCAACUGUGGCGCAGGUAACAUCUGCAGCCCCCAGAAUGUCCUGGGCAUAUUCCACCAGCCAGUGGUUUCAGUGUCCACCCCUAUCCGCCCUUCACUGGGGAAUGUCUGAAAUCCUCACCCUACACCAAGUAGUAUUGAACUGGGACAUGUUCCCUCUCUCCCAUUAAAUGCCUGCUCUUAACCUCCCACCUUUGUGGGGGGCUUUUGAGGACCCAGCUGGUCUAGGGAUGUAAUAUUUUGGUAAGACUUCAGAAAGUCAGCCUUCAGCUAAGAGAUGCCCAGGUCUCCAGCUUGCCCUGGGCAGUCCUUCAGGGCUUCCGGUCCCUUCUGAUGCCCUUCCUGAAACCCUAGAAAUCGGAGGAACCAUAUAGUCCAGUGGGAGGCCGUGGUCCUGGCCUCUGUGCUAGGAACCCACGGGGAACCUUCAAGCCUUAUUUAUUUCUAAUGGGUAAAGGGGUUUUCUUAACAUGCGCUUGCCCAACCUCCCUGGGGACACCAUCCUUCCCUCCGGACAGCACUGUGAUGCAAGCUGGUGGCAGGGUCCUUCCAUUCAUGAAACUUGGAACCUUUUGUCCUUUGUGCUGGGCAGCUCCCAGCCCUCCAUGUGUCUCUGUUAUCUGGGGAGAUGGGUAGAAGAGGAGCAGGGAGGGCUCUGGCCUGUUUUCUCCCCAGCUCUGUAGUGGCUGAGCAGUGUCACCUUUGAAGUAUACAUGAGAGAAAUAUAUUUACAAAUGCUUUAUUCUCUUCUUUAAUAAAAAAUGCAUCAGUA